AUGUCGUUCAGGUUGGAGAGUAUCAAAGCCAUGGCAGAGGUGUCUGAAACCCUUGUCACACCCAAGUCUGACUCGAAGCCCUCUGCUUCUGGUAGCAAGCAAGCGCUGAUUUCACUGUCAGACAAGAUGGAUCUGUCUUUGCUGGGCAACGGACUUCAAGAAUUAGGAUUUAACAUUGUUUCCACUGGAGGAACAGCAUAUGCUUUAGAACAAGCUGGGGUGUUUGUAACCAAAGUUGAAGAGCUAACUCGUUUUCCAGAAAUGGUAUGUUGGUUCUUAUUAGAUAUUGUUAUUGUAACUAUUGUUCUUGCAAAAUCUUGUGCUCCAAUGAGUGUUCUUGAGUUCUUUUGGUCACGAGUGUCCUUCAGUUCAGUUGUGGAAAUUGUUUAG